AUGGCGGUUAAAUAUUCACCUGAGAAGGUUUGGGAAUGGACGUCACAGAAAGAAACUUCAGAUUCCAAAAGCGCAACAGAACCGAGCAAAACUUCAAAAGCAGAUCAACCCGAACCCACAGAAUCAGGGGAUCAUUUGAAUUCAAGCAGUGAAUCGCCGAGUGCUACCGCCCCGUCAGCAGCACCUGCAGCCACCGAUGGAACGAAUAAAGCGGUCGGUACUUCAAUUACGUCUACUGAUAGUACUAGUCAAGCAGCCGUCAUGCUUGACGUGCCUGUUGAGGUGGAUGAAGAAGAUGCUGAUGAAUCAAGAGGGGAUUUGGGCAGCACAGCGCCAUCAGCACCAGCACCAAUAUCAUCAUCUAAGCCCUCUGAGCCAAAAUCGCAAUCCAGUGACAAAGCCGAAGUUUCUAGCAGUCAACAACUACGACAAACGCCAACUAGCACUAAAAGUCAGGAAAAAGCUCACAUUAAAGAGGCGAUUUCGAAAGGAGUGAAGAAAAUCGCAUCUGCGAGAGCGACGGAUGAAGUGUCCAUAGCGGCGGAUGACUGUAACGAGAUUGUCGAAGGGAAGAGUUACCGGUGGAAGGACUGGCGAUUGAUAAAGAGUCGUGAUUCGUUGUUUAUUUGGUGUGAUGCGGUCGCUGUGGAAUUCAGUGAUGGAAGUAACGGAUGGUUCAGAUUUAUGCUUGACGGACAACUGAGCACCAUGUACAGCAGUGGAAAUCCAGAAUCGGGCGCUGAUAGUGCGGAAACCCGCGGCGAGUUCAUUGAUAAGUUGACGAAGGCGCGUGGUGCCGUUCCAUCCGGUACGGCUCUGUGCUCGAUCCUCACUGUGCCGAAUGCAAAGAAAACUAUAGAAGUCGGUAACUGGAUAUUGGCAUCACCGAAAAUCGGCGAAUUGACUGUGACGAAUCGAGAUGGCAAUCAACAACGAAUGUAUAUAAUGGAAGAUCUGCCCGGAUUCAUAUUCGAGUCGAAUCGUCACACAAAACAUUGUUUCCAAGCAGAAUCUACUCUUGGACUGGAUUUCGUUACCGGAUGGGCAGCGCGCGGUGGAGGACGUCGACUGAGAUUCCGAGCUGAGGCACAGAAAGCGAAAUUGCAAGAACUGGCAAAAGAGUUGUGGGAUAACUAUUUGAAAGAGGCACGAAUGAGACCACGAGAUGCAUUGGUGCAAUUGCAGAAAGCAUCCAGCUCCCUUCAGGAGUUCUGUGAGUCGCAUAAAGACGGUAGUAUGCGUAAGAGCAAAUUGAGUGAAAAGCAACAUGUAGAGAAUUGUUUACGAUGCGUUUACGAAGCAAUAACCAACGAAACGGUUCUGUCGACGUUUGAGUUGUCGAUCUCGGGGAUUGUUUCUUCAUUGCUGUCACUUCUACAUGUGAUUCAAAACAACAACGAAUCUGAUGCGGCGAUUCUUUUUAGAAAGGUAUUCUCUGAUAAUCGAUCGCUAACUUCGCUUGUUCGUAAAAUGGUUUUGGUACUGGAGACAGUCGAGAAGUUCCCGCAGUAUCUUUACGAUACGCCUGGUGGAUCUUCAUUUGGAUUGCAACUGCUGAGUCGUCGAAUCAAGUUGAAAUUAGAACAACAACAGAAUAACGCAAAAUCAUCGAAACAGAAGCAUUUAUUGGACAGGACUGGUCGCACAAUGAAGACGGAACCGUUGACAACGAUUGGUCAGCUGAAAAACUACAUUCUGCGGAUGGUCGCGAAACAAUGGUACGAUCGUGAUCGGGAAACGUUCGCUUUCGUGAAGCUGAUCAAUGAGGCGAAGAGAACGUCAUCGAAGAUCACGUUCACAUACUCGAGUGAUUUCGAUGAUCAAGGUUUGAUAUAUUGGUUGGGCACAAACGGAAAAACAGUCUCACAUUGGACGAAUCCAGCGAGCGUGAACGUUGUUUAUGUGACGUCGUCGGAUGGUAACAGACAGCCGUACGGUCUUGCCGAGGAUAUUUUGAGACCAUAUCGAUAUUUACGAAUCGCACAAAAUGGUCGAAAUGCGAGCAAUCAAACGUAUUAUUUAUCGCUAUCAGGGUUUGAAGUGUACGGGAGCAUUGUUGAUGUUGUGAUAGAGGAUUUGAAGCCAUCCGAAGAGAAGUCUCAAAGUGGAAAUGCAUCAAAAAAAUCCUCAAAAAAGAAUUCACUGUCGUCAUCAACUGUCAGCAAAGAGAAAGAAAAGGAUUCAGAGGGUAAGUCAAAGGAUUCGUUCGGAAGCGCGGCCACAGUGAGCACCACACCAACAACGACCACAACUGUCACCACUGCGUCAGCACACGAACAACCGACUGCAGCCUCGUCGUUCAGUCAUCUGGCUGGUGGCAUCGCGAACAAUAAACUGAUCAGCGGUGUGAUCACCGCCGAUGUGGCGUCGGCGAGUUCUGCGUUCAAGACGCGAAUCUUGCGCUAUCGUCGUGGCUCACGUCUUCUGGUGGGCAGUCGUGGAGGAAUGCCGAGCGGCGGUGGUGCUUCGGCGAUGACGACGACGGAUUCAAGUGGUGGUGGCGGCGGUACCAAUACAGCGGCAUGCGCAAUCGGUAGUCGAGUAACACGAGGACCGGACUGGAAAUGGGAGAAUCAAGGAAGUGGUUCGGUUGGAACCAUAAUCUCACCGCUCGAAAAAGGCUGGUUGGAUGUGCAAUGGGACGACGGCACAAUGAAUUCGUAUCGUUUCGGUGCGGACAACAAAUUCGACGUUCACAUUAUCACCAGCGAUAUACCACCACCGAGUUCGACGUCGUCGUCACUUCAAGCUCUCAGACGCGUUCCACGAGCGAUCGUAACAUCACGUCGUGAUCAUCACCACAACGCCGCACCACUCUCCACGCAGGCCACUCAGCAGUUCGCUACAUUCACCGGAUUCACACCGUUCUCUGGCAGACAGCUAUCGACAACAGCCACCACAACAACAACAACCACAACAACGAGUGCAUCACGCAAGGAUGAAGCGAAUUCGCAUGCAAGAGGCAGAUAUGCGUCGUCGACUGCAAAUCCAUUCGCACGAUUCUACCAGACCAGUAACACAAACGCCAACUUCACCGAGACGUCAUCGACUGCACCAUCGCGCGACACGAAAGCCGCCAGUGCAGGUCCAUCGGCAUCGUCGACAAUCGCACAGAAAUCGAUGUCGACCACGAAUCUUUUGGAUGGUUCCGACGGUGACAAGCGCCCAUCAGUGGCGUCAACGAAUCAAGCGGCAAGCGCCGAAUCACUGCAACACCCGACACCGUCCCUGGAGAACCUUCUGGCCAGAUCGAGGAUCUACGAUGAACGUAUCGCUGAAGUGGUCGCAGACGAUGGAUCGGCCACUGAGCAAACGCCAUUGGGUUCAUCAAAAGCGCUCGACACAGAUCAAGAGAGCUCGGUGUCUACGAACAAUAACGCAGCUUUCGACACGAGCAUUGAUAGUUUUGAUGCGGCAUUCGCGCAAUACGCUCAGCAAUCCAUUAACGUCAACUCGUCAAGUGGACGAGUUAGCGCUUCAUUGGAAGAAGAAGAUGUUGAAGAGCGCACUGAAGCCGCAUCUGAUACGACUGCAACUGCACAACAAUUGUCAGCAAACGAUCAGCAAGGACUGACCUCUGUCGAGCAAAGUUUGAGUGUGAGUGCGCCAGAUUUGGCUGUGAUUCGUCAACGUCAGCAACAAGAGGAUACGUAUGUGGACAUUGCGAAGGAUCAACAACAACCUGCAUCCAAAGCGAUAUCGUCAACUGAUUCCACUGCACCAAAAGAGAGUGCAGCACAAGAGCCGAGCGAAACGGAUGUUGUUAAAACAUCAACAAACGAAAGCGAGCAUCCAUCGAACGAAACAGAAAAACUUCACGUUGAUGUGGUAUGUGAAUCUGAUAGCGCACAACAACAACAACAAGAGGGUCAAGACGAAGCAGAUGGUGGCGAUCAGCAGCACACACCAACCAUUAAGCAGCAAUCGUCAGUGAAUGAGAUCUCUUCAGACAACAACGCAAUCAACGAAAUAUCCAGUGCUGUAGACGAUGCGAUUCGACAAUAUUUAAUGGGUGGUGAUGAGCAGUCGGAAUCGGAUUCGAAUGCGGUGCAUAGCGACGAUAGGACCUCAGGUGCGGUUCAAAGUUUCUUUGCGAUCACGAACUCGGAUGGCGAAUACAAUGACUUCUUGGACGCUUACGCUGAUAUGUUGGAUAAUGCAGGCGACGAAGAAAAUCCAACUCGAGAAGAAGCAACAGAGGAGAGUGCGAAGAAGGCUGGUGAUGAAGGAGCCGAGGAGCAAUCGGUUACAACUGAAAUUUCGAGUGAAACGACGGCUAUUGCAGCUGCAGAUGAGUCGGCAACAGUCACAUCGAACACUACAUCGGCUGGUAAUUUCACUUUACUUACUCAGAAGUUUGACAUGGUGCGCCGUAAUGUUCAGUCGAUUGGCGGAGGAAUUCGAUAUCGGUUAGGGAAUUACGCUGAAGUUUUACGUACAGUGAUGCAACAGGUUAUCGACUCGGGCAGUUCGCUGAACGCCUUGGAAUUGGAGGAAUUAGAGGAUGACAUAUAUGACGAUGAUAUGACAGAAGAGGUGAACGAAGAAGACUGUGAUGAUGAAUAUGUGAACGGUUUAUCUGUGGAAGCAUUGGCGCAAGCUGCGGCUGCCUUACGGAGGCAGUCGCGCAGUACGAGUUCGGCUGGUUCCAAUAACGAUUUGAAGGUGAAUUGGAAACAGAUCGUCGUGGGCGAGGCAGGGCGUCUUUUGGGUGAACGAAGCAGUAUUCGCUCAUCGAACUCCACCGAUCACUCGAGUUCAAACGGUGCGAUCAAUCGUAAUUGGGAUGAUGAAUUUGUGCUGAAACGUCAGUUUGAUGCACUCAUACCAGCAUUUGACCCGAGACCCGGAAGAACAAAUGUGAAUCAGACUCAAGACGUUGAACUGCCGCCACCAAUCAAAGAAUCCGAUAAAGUUCAAUCAAACGCGUCACGAACGAACGUCGACAAGCCCAAACAAACUAGCAGUGAACAUGUUCAUGAACGCAAUAUACGUCUGUAUAUUCGCGGUCCAAAUUUGGCGAAUAUUGAGAACGUAACAGUGGAAUUGAAUGACAAUAACGCAUCGAUGUUCUACUUCCUGCAACAACUGUGUCAGAAUAUUGAUUGGGGACAGAAAACCGAACGAACACGACGAGUUUGGGAGCCAACCUAUACGCUCAUUUAUGAGGAGGCGAUACCACAACAGCCGUCGACUAUAGAGACGAUAAAUCAAUCGAACGAUUCAAAUGAUCUGAAUAAUUCACCGCCAAUAGUUACUGAUACUUUGGCCGUGUUGGCGGAUCUGCAUAAGUUGGGUGAAAGGACGGGUGAACUGGAAAUGAACACCGAGAUGUUCGUCAGUGAGAAGGUAACGCAGAAGUUGAUGCAAGAACUGGCGGAUCCUUUGAUAGUGUCUGCGAGGGCAUUACCGCUUUGGUGCGAUCAUCUGAUUUACGAGUAUCCGUGCUUGUUCAGCAUUGAAACGAGGACUCAUUACUUGCACGCGACUGCAUUUGGUACAUCAAGGGCGAUUGUUUGGCUUCAGACACGUCGUGAUCAGAUCCUAGAACAGUCACGUGGCGCAACAAGUGCAGCUGCAGUGUCAAAUCUAGCUGGUGCUCGACGUGAUGACCAUUAUCCAGAGUUCCGUGUAGGACGUAUUAAACAUGAACGAAUCAAGGUGCCACGGAACGGUGAUCUGUUGUUUGAAUCAGCGAAACGUGUGAUGGAAUUUCAUGCAACACGCAAGUCAGUACUCGAAGUUGAGUACGUCGGAGAGGAGGGAACCGGUCUUGGGCCAACGCUUGAGUUUUAUGCAUUGGUAGCAGCAGAAUUCCAACGGAAAUCGUUAGGGAUGUGGGUGUGUGAUGAUUUGGACGAAGAUCAGUUGAAACGUGAAGAGAAUGAAAUCGAUCUGGGCGAAGGAGUGAAACCACCAGGUUAUUACGUACGACGUUCUGGAGGUCUUUUCCCAGCGGCAUUACCUCGUCACGGUGACGAGUCGAAGAAAGCAGUCGAACUGUUCAAAUUCUUAGGCAUAUUCCUGGCUAAAGUACUGCAAGAUGGACGUCUUGUGGACUUACCUUUGUCAACGGCAUUCCUCAAAUUACUUGUCUCUCGUCCGGUUAGUUCUUAUCUCAUCGUUUUAGUGAAUCCGCCUUCAUCGAUAUUCAAAUUCGGUGAGAUGGAACUAAUCGAUGGUGGUUCGAAUGUGGGAGUUACGAAUGAUAACGUUGAUUUAUAUCUUGAGAAAUGCUUGCAGUUCUACUUGAAUAGUGGUAUUUAUGAGCAGAUCAGCGCACUCCGCGAUGGCUUCAAUUUGGUCUUUCCAUUGCGUUCAUUACGAAUGUUCACACCAGAAGAAGUUCAGACUCUGCUGUCUGGUGAGCAAUGCCCAGAAUGGACACGCGACGAUAUAAUGAAUUACACUGAACCGAAACUCGGAUAUACAAGAGAAUCACCGGGAUUCUUGAGAUUCGUCGACGUAUUGGUUGGAAUGACUGCCGCUGAGAGGAAAUCAUUCCUUCAGUUCACCACAGGCUGUUCAUCGCUUCCGCCUGGUGGCCUUGCAAAUUUGCAUCCACGUCUGACGAUCGUACGAAAAGUGGAUAGCGGUGAUGGUAGCUACCCGUCGGUGAAUACUUGCGUUCACUACUUGAAAUUACCGGAUUAUAGCAGCGUUGAGAUUAUGCGUGAACGACUGUUGACUGCGACGAACGAGAAGGGCUUUUAUCUGAAUUGA